AUGCUCACUCAAGACGGCCAACGACUAGUGUUCCGAUACGAUGACCAUACCUACUGGGUCGAGCCAUGGGGUCCAAAUGCGUUCCAUGUUCGAGCAACGAGGCUUCCAGAGAUGCCAUCUGGAGACUACGCGGCUCUCGCUCCAACACCACCUGAUGCAAGCAGCAACAGUGCCAUUCGGCUGCCAGAGAGCACCGCCGGUGAAGCGACGAUCACGAAUGGCAGCAUCCGAGCUGAGAUUUCGCAUCGUGGCAAAAUAACCAUGUACAAUGCACAAUCCGGCAAGAAACUCUUGGAAGAAUACGCACGACAUCGUCUCGAUCUCCAUGAUCCCAAAUGUAGCGCCCUCAUGGUCCAAGCUCGCGAGCUCCGAGGUAUUCAAGGCACAAGCGACUUCAACACCACUCUCAGGCUUGAGUCUGUGGACCCAGAUGAGCGUCUUUAUGGUAUGGGUCAGUACCAGCACCCGUACCUUAACCUGAAGGGCGCCGACAUUGAGCUUGCUCAACGCAACUCGCAAGCUAGUGUGCCAUUUGCUGUCUCACCCUUGGGAUAUGGGUUCCUUUGGAACAAUCCGGCCAUUGGAAGGGCUGUGCUAGGUAGGAAUGUCAUGAGUUUCGAGAGCUUUUCGGCGAAGUCGAUUGAUUACUGGAUCGUGGCUGGAGAUGAGCCGAGGGAGAUUGUAGAGGCUUAUGCGAAUGUUACGGGCAAGGUGCCGAUGAUGCCUGAGUAUGGUCUUGGAUUCUGGCAGUGUAAGCUUCGAUACCCCACACAGGAAGAGCUCCUUGGCGUGGCGGGAGAAUACAAAAGUCGCAAGAUCCCACUCGAUGUCAUCGUGAUUGACUUCUUCCACUAG